AUGGACGCCUUCCCGCCGCCCAGGGCUUCAAGCGAUCCCUACUUUAAUCUAGGGACAUUCAGUCGCAAAAUCAGCACCAAUUCCCAGGAGGCCCAGGCAUGGUUUGAUCGCGCACUUGUCUGGACGUAUUGCUUCAAUCAUGACGAAGCAAUUGCUUGCUACACGCAGGCAAUCGCGCACGACGAGAACUGCGCCAUGGCAUACUGGGGGAUAUCCUUCUGCUCUGGCUCCAAUUACAACAGGACGUGGGCGUUAUUCGGCGAAAGGGAGCGGGUGAAUGCAAUCAAGCAAUGUUAUAUAUUUUCUCAAGAAGCUUUGAGGCGGGCACACAAGGCGUCAGAUUGGGAGCAGGCAAUCAUCAAUGCUCUUGCGACAAGGUACCCCGAUGAUGAUCCAAGUAGAGAUAUUGCCGCGUGUAACAGAGAAUACGCCGAUGCUAUGAGAGAGGUGUACGUAAAUCUGGGUCGCGAUGAUUUUGAUAUCAUUACGCUCUUCGCCGACGCAUUGAUGAAUUGUGCUCCGCGAAAGUUAUAUGACGCCUGCACGGGGCUCCCAAUAGCGUCUUCCCCGGUAUUCGAGGUGAAAGACCUGCUUGAGCGCGCUCUGAAGAUGCCAGCGAUCGAACAGCAUCCAGGUCCCGCACACAUGUAUAUCCACCUGAUGGAAAUGUCGGCCACUCCUGAGGCCGCUCUACCUGCAGCAGAGAUGAUCCGCGAGAUCUUUCCUGAUACCGGCCAUACAUACCACAUGCCUGCACAUAUCGAUGUGCUUGUGGGGGAUUAUCGGCGCGCAGUAGAAUACAAUUUCAAGGCGACGGUCGCGGAUGACAAGUUCUUUCAACAGAAUGGCGGCCUGACAUUCUACAGCUACUAUCGCCUGCACGACUAUCACUCCCUCAUCUAUGCCGCGAUGCUGAGUGGGAAAUCCAAGGCAGCGUUGUCGGCGACGGACCGGAUGGAAGCGACUAUCACGGAAGAAAUUCUGCGAGUAGAAACGCUUGCGAACUGGAUGGAAUUCUUCAAGGCUGUCAGAGUGCAUGUACUGAUUCGCUUCGGGAUGUGGGAAGAACUCAAAAAGCUCGAUGCGCUUGAAGAUAGGGAGCUUUACUGUGUCACGAAUGUGAUGAGACACUAUGGAAAAGGCAUCGCGCAUGCGGCCACAGGGCAGCUUGGGGAAGCGGACAAGGAGCGCGAGCUCUUCAAAGUCGCUUCCCAGCUUGUCCCUCCGACACGCCUCGACUUCCCCAACAAAAUCACGGAUAUCCUCAAAGUCGCAUCUGCGAUGCUGGAUGGCGAAAUUGAGUAUAGACGGGGGGAUUACGAGACUGCAUUCAGCAGAUUACGGGACGCAGUUAGGCUGGAGGACGAGCUGCCCUUCGCGGAGCCAUGGGGGUGGAUGCUUCCAGCUCGGCAUGCAUAUGCAGCUCUCUCCUUGGAGCAGGGCGAGGUUGAGCAGGCUGCAGAGGCUUAUGCGGAGGAUUUAGGGCUCUCGCCGACCCCCAAACGUGCACAUCAACACCCAAAUAACGUUUGGGCUCUCCAUGGCUAUCAUGAGUGCCUUGAGAUUUUGGGUCGCCAUGCGGAGGCAAACAUUAUCAAAAAACAACUUUCGCUUGCUCUAGUGGAGGCAGAUGUUGAGAUCACAUCUUCAUGCUUUUGUAGGCUAGGGAAUUUUCCUUCAUGUGGAAAGCCCAAGACAAAUGGUUGCCACGGCGUGAAGCGGAAGUGUCACAGGUAG